CGUGAGACAAUGCGGCCGCUCAGCCAGGUGCCUCGGGCAUUCCCCGCACAUCUCCGCGCCCUUCAAUGCCGGCCCAGCGCCCUCUCGCCACGCCAUUCCUUACCUCUUCAACAAGCAGUGCGUUGGGCUAGUUCAAAGGCAGGACACAAGAAUGACGGCAAUACUGGACAGGAGAACGGUGCCAAUACUGGGCCUUCUGGCAACCGCUCGGGUUCUCGAAAUUCAGGCAGGACCCUGUUAGCCUCUGCCUUGGCUGCAGGCGUCGGCUAUGCAUAUGCUGUGACGAGCGGACAGUCCCAGUCUUUGGAUAGCAAGCAUCCCAAGUAUGGAUCUGCGAAGGAUUUUGAGAAGGCCAUUGCAGAAUUGCGAGCCACGCUAGGUGACGAGGUCAUCAGCACCGACAAAGACGAUCUUCAACAACAUGGGUUUUCAGAAUGGUCCAGCGUCAAUGCUGAUCGUCUGCCAGUUGCCAUUGCCUACCCGGCGAGUACAGAUGAUGUUUCCAAGAUCGCCAAGAUCUGUCACAAAUACAAAAUGCCAAUGAUACCCUACUCCGGAGGUUCUAGUCUGGAGGCCAAUUUUUCGGCCCCUCUAGGCGGAUUGACCAUUGAUUUCGUGACGAUGAAUAAGAUACUUGAGUUGCACGAAUCUGAUAUGGACGUUGUGGUCCAACCGUCCAUUCAAUGGAUGGAUUUGAAUGAGAAGAUUAAGGACAGCGGUCUUUUCUUUCCCGUUGACCCGGGACCGUCUGCAAUGAUAGGUGGCAUGAUUGGGACAAACUGCAGUGGAACCAAUGCCGUGAGGUACGGGACCAUGAAAGACUGGGUAAUUAACCUUACUGUCGUGCUGGCGGAUGGUCGGGUCAUUAAGACACGUCGCCGUCCACGCAAAACUUCAGCCGGGUAUAACCUGACAGGAAUGUUUGUUGGGUCUGAAGGAACACUUGGUAUUGUGACUGAAGCUACCCUGAAAUUGACGCCGAUUCCAGAGCAGACUCGUGUCGGUGUGGUGACCUUCCCCACUGUACGUGAUGCGGCAUCCACUGCCAUGCAGCUUGUUCGAAAAGGCAUUCAAGUUCAGUGUAUGGAGAUUCUUGAUGAGAUACAGAUGGAUGUCAUCAACCGCGCCGGAGGAACUGGAAGAACAUGGAAGAAAUUGCCCACUCUGUUCUUCAAGUUCUCCGGCACCAAAGCUGGGGUCGCGGAUAGUAUUAACCUGACCAAAGCACUGGCAAAGAACAACAACGCAAGCUCGUUCGAAUUUGCAAGAGACGAGCGAGAAGCACAUGAUUUAUGGUCUGCGCGAAAACAAUCGCUCUGGAGUAUGCUGGCGCUAAGAGAGCGAGGAUCUGAAGUAUGGUCAACCGACGUUUCCGUGCCGAUCUCUAGAUUGCCAGACAUUAUUGAAAUCUCCAAGAAAGAACUCGAUGACCUGGGAAUCUUUGCCAGUAUCCUUGGGCAUAUUGGAGAUGGCAACUUCCACGCAAGUAUCUUAUAUGAUCGCACUAUUCAAGAAGAAAGGGAGCGAGUAGAAAAGGUUGUGUACGACAUGGUUGAUCGCGCAUUGGAAAUGGAAGGCUCUUGCACCGGUGAACAUGGUGUGGGAUUGGGUAAAAAAGAUUCACUGAAAAAGGAGCUUGGCCCAGCCACAAUUGGAAUUAUGCGUUCCAUCAAGAAGUCUCUCGACCCACAUUGGUUAUUGAACCCUGGCAAGAUCUUCGAUUAUGAGGACGAAGCAUAGAUGGCGCAAUCUGAUCUCUCAGCUGAGUAUGGCAUAUGCAUAGUAAAUAGGACAGACAAAAGGC